UGUGCUAAGGUCUAUCCACCCCCCUGCUGCUGCUAGGCUUGCGAUUGCCGCUCGCUCCAGCUGAGCUAAGAGUAGCAGCAGCACCAGGGCAGGGACUGACUCCAGCCCUUGGACUUAGGACAUCGCAACACCUUCCCUUGCGUGCGUGACUCAUUCGCACAUCCUUUCUGUUUAUGCCUGGGGUGGGGAGAAAAAUCCCAAACCAGCUGUGUAAAUGAGUAUGGAAGAUUAUGAUUUCCUGUUUAAAAUUGUUUUAAUCGGCAAUGCUGGUGUGGGGAAGACGUGCCUAGUCCGACGGUUCACUCAGGGUCUUUUCCCCCCAGGACAAGGAGCCACAAUUGGAGUUGAUUUUAUGAUUAAGACAGUGGAGAUUAAUGGUGAAAAAGUAAAGCUCCAGAUCUGGGACACAGCAGGCCAAGAGAGAUUUCGGUCCAUCACCCAGAGUUAUUACCGAAGCGCCAAUGCCUUGAUCCUCACCUAUGACAUAACCUGUGAGGAAUCCUUCCGUUGCCUUCCUGAGUGGCUGCGGGAGAUAGAACAAUAUGCUAGCAACAAGGUCAUCACUGUGCUAGUGGGCAACAAGAUUGAUCUGGCUGAAAGGAGAGAGGUCUCCCAGCAGAGAGCUGAAGAAUUCUCAGAAGCUCAGGACAUGUAUUACCUGGAGACCUCAGCCAAGGAAUCCGAUAACGUGGAGAAACUCUUUCUUGACUUGGCGUGCCGCCUCAUCAGUGAAGCCAGGCAGAACACACUUGUGAACAAUGUAUCCUCACCCUUACCUGGAGAAGGGAAAAGUAUCAGCUAUUUGACUUGUUGUAAUUUCAACUAAAGGCUGAGGCAAGGAGAAGCAAGAGGAAUCAGCAGUUGCCCUGAUGGGCCACCAAUUGCUGGGGAGAUCUGGCGAUGACUAUGGGUCCCGCUCUAGGACCUUCUGACUCCUGUGGGCUCCUGAGCUUACAAAGCAUGGCAGGCCAAGGGCCUCGUCCACAGGCCAGCAUUAGCAGAACAUAUAAUGGUUUCACCCUUUUGCAGUCUGGAGUCGGAUCAAGGAGAAAAUUGCACUAGGCGCUCCAUGAUCUGCAGAGCAUGUUGCUUUUGUUUUUUUUAAAAAAGCAAGUAAAACGCAUUCCUGAACACAGUCCAGGGGGAGACGUACUGUAGGGAUCCCUCCUGCACGUCAGUGGGUGCAUGUGGGGGCUGCUCUUUAGGGCUUCUGGGGGCCCUGGUUUUCUUGUCUACCAGGUAAACCAAAACUGGGAACGCCAAGUCCUGUCUCUGGUGCGUGUUGAUAGCUCCAUGGAGAUUUUGAAAAGUGUUAUUUCUCUUUUCCAUGGGCACUUUCAAGAACUUUGGGAUGUAAAAAUGAAACGAAACCUUUACCCGUGACAACAGUAGCAAUCAUUGUUUUAUUAAUGUAUACAAGCUCCAUGACUCCUUUUGGUGCUAAUGAUUCCACUCUUUCACAGACCAAACAUUUUAGUACAUUGAUGUCCUUAAAUACAUUUCAUAGAAAUAAAAACGAAACAAAACAAAACAAAAAAAAGAAAAAAGGGAAGUCCAUUAAUCAGCUGUCUUUCUCAAAGUCUCAUUAUCACCUUUUCUAGGGUAGAUUUGUUGGGAAAGAGAAUACUUUCCUUUCCUGUUCCCCUCUAAAUCUCUACCACUUUCUUCUUCAAUUCUCCCAUCUUUCCUGCCCUUUAAGUAAAUGAAAAAGUUUGAAAAAUGGAAAAAAAAAAAGAGAGAAUGGUAGAUACCCUAAUAUAAAAGAUUAGCUCUAAAACAUUAUGAGUAGUGUGAGAAAACAGACCCGAUCUGACCAAAAUACUGUGGAUUAAUGGACUGCCGUGCAGAGUUCCAAGCAGAGCACAGUCCUUGAUAGCAGGUCACAUCUUUUACUUCCUGGUACUAUCCAUCUUGGACAGACCAAGGCUUAGGAUUUUGUAGAAGUUUUUAGUACGGUAAGUGAGAAUAGCAACAGAUGAAAAGUCUCACAAUUUUUGUAUCUGCAAUGAUAACCUUAGAAAAAUUCUGCUUCUAGAAGCAGAUUGAGUAGUCAUUUGUCAUCUCCUUGUAGUAAUAUUACUCUCUGACUCAUGACCAUUCAUUCUUUCCUGUUUCUUUUUCUUUUCCUCUCUCUCUUUCCUGGUCUUCCCUUUUUACCUCCUCUCCUCCUUAUCCCCCUCCUUCCCUCCCUUCCUUAUAUACAUGUGUUACUGCAAAUCUCCAAUUCAAAUGGAGGUAUAUAUGCCUUUACUUAGCCAAUUUAAAAACAGAACUCAAAAUGGAAGCCAUGCUGCUGAAUAUGUGUUACUGUUUCUUCAGUGCCAUACUUUGAUACCUUCCAAUUUGUUCACUGAUAUAAAUGCAAAUUGGGAAAAUAAUUAAACCUAUUUGCUGUUGAUGCUGUCAGAUGUUUCUGUAGCUUGCUGCUUAGUAUAAUUGAGGGAUGAGUAAUGGGAUAAGGAUAUGAUACAUAAUUCCACUGUUGCUGUAGAUGGUGGCAGUCCUGGUCCUGAUAUAUUGAUGUGUGAAAGCUACUGAGUUUUAAAGCAAUGAGUCAUGUGGAGACACAAUAUUGGUGAAGCCUUUCUAGCAUUUCCUUAGUAGGUUUCAGAGCGACCUAUCUGCACAUGGGGCCUGUACAUAUUGUUUAAGGGACUGAUACUUAUGGUUGGCCUCACCACGCUUGUCCUGAUCCUAUGGGUAAGAGAAAGAGAUCCCAGAAGUUUGAAAUGCUUUUAUUUUAGAACCUAUCUCUAUAGGAAAGAAAAAUCAUUUUAAUAAACACCAAACAAAAUAAUUUAUCAUGGUUGCCUUUCCCUCCCCAUUUUCCCCACCAAGCCAGCAAGUAAAGGUGUUCAGAAAAGUUCAUCAAAGUGGGCAGAAGAACUCUUUUUAAAUGUUGAGGAAAUGUCCCUAAGUUUAGGUUUACUAUCUGUCAUUUAGGGCAAAAAUCCAAAGUCCCCAGCAUAUCAUGACUCAACUUUGUCUCACAGCAUAAGUGUGUUGAAAAUAAAGUUGCUUUAUGAACUCAGAGAAUAGAACAUUGUUAGAUUGGACAAAUUUAGUUGUAAAAUAACAGGUUGUAGGGCCACUCUUGCAUUCUGAGAUUAUUUCCUAGGGCUCAGUCUCCUUUAUCUACUCUUGGCCAAACUCAGAAGGGUAUUAGAAAGCUCUGCUCUUGGCCCCUUUCUUCCCUGUUACCCUUCCCAGCCUUUCUGUACUUACAGUCACCCAUCUAUGGCACAUCAGCAAGGACACAUGAGAAUGCAGGGCUUUGUUUCUUUUUUUCUCUUAGUUGUAUGAAUUCUAGAUUAGGCCUUAUGGACACUUGUUCACUGAUGUAUCUCAAGUUUGAGAACAAGCCCUGACAAUAUUGUAGGUGCUCAAUAAAUAUUAGUUGAAUAAACGACUUAGUGCCAAGAGGAGCUUUUUCAGUUAAACAGAAAUUUAUCAAAUAGAACUUGAGAAAGGACACUAAUUAAAUGUGGCCAUCUUAACACAGGCCAGGACCUAAACUUACUGGUUUGCCUACUAGUCCUUAUUGUCUUGGCAAUAUUUGCUAAGAUGAACCUUCUUAAAUAAAAAUGAAUUCUCAUUUAAUGGUGGAUGAAAAAGAGAGUUGCUUUCUCAUAAUUCAGUAUGGCUUGAUCUGACUCAUAAGACUACCAGAGUCCAUGUCUGCCUCCAUUUUGGUGUGAUCUUUUUCUUUUUUUUAAUAAUGUUACUAAAUAUAUGGCGAACUUUUCUUCAAUUUACAACACGUCGUAUUCAUGUCAUAUAGUCAGAUUUGGGGAAUCUGUGAAAUCAUGUAGUUUGCUUAUAUUAAUGAUAUUAUGGCUUUGUCCAGACUGUAUCCUCAAAGGAUUUUAUGCUUUGUCCUUUACCUAUGCAAGGCUUUUUAGUCCUUUAUGUGCUUGUGUUAGAUCUAUUGAAUUAUAUUAACAUUUAAAUUUGAUUAUAUGGGGCCAGUUAUCCUUUCUGUGGAUUACUUAGAUAGGCCAUUAGUUUUUCCUGGCCAUUUUUUCCUUCUGUUUUUUUUUUAGUCAUUUCAUGUUAGCACCUCUACCUGAGUAAAGAGGAAAGAAAAUAACUAAAAAUGAAAGUGAAAUGGAUUGAUUUGACAAUGUGUCAAUUUCUGAGUUAGAGUUUGGUAAGAAAGGUAAAAACCACUGGCCAAAAUAAGACACUUGGAUUAGGGCUGUUUCCUGUAAACAAUUUAGACUUGCUGGAGAGGGGAGGCAGAAUUUAACCAAAGGCUGGAUUCUUCUUUCUUCUUCUGUUUAUGAAUUUAUGUCUUUGGAGGACACUGGUGACAUCCAGUGUUAGAUCAUGAUUUGCCUCGUUUGCCCUUUAAGCUAUCCCAUAAUUCUUCCAGAUCCAGCAUCAAGUUUCAGUUAAUGCAUCUUUCUGAAAAAACACCAGUUGCAAGUGAUUUUGAAUUGGUCCUCUGACUAAAAUGGAAACUUCUUUUUUUUAAUAAUAAACUAAGCUACGUGAAUGAGAUCAUAUUAUAAUAAGGAAAAAACUAUUUAAUUUUUUGCCCCAUGUAUCAAACCAAUAGCUUUAAAGAUAGACAUUUUCUAUUUCUUAAUCCUGCAGAACUCUGUAUUUCAUAACCAUAAGUACUUUAGGGACUACUGCCCUAUUAGCCUGUAGAAGAGCUCUUCUAGGGUUUACCCUUUUUUUCUAGAGUUUUUUUUUUAACUUCAACUGGUUACUUAUUCUCCUCAACCAUGGCCCCGACAGAUGUGUUUCAGUGCAACUAUAAUCCUCUUGAGACUUAACUUGAAAAUGAAAAGCAGUGAAAAAACAUGUGUUAUCUCAUCCUUCUGACAAAAUGUACUCCAUGUAAGCAGUGUGUGGCUGAACACUAAUUUGGGGAUAAGAGAGGGAUGUGUUUUUUUGUUUUUUGUUUUUCUUCUUUUUGGAUUUCAUAUCUGUGACAUGAGCCUACUUGUGUUUGGAGGGAAAACUGGCUUCCCUGACAGUCUCACACUGGGGAGAAAGCAUACUGAAUUAAGAAAUUAUCAUCCCUUCCAACAGCUCAUUAAUAAUGUUAGAGCAAGGGAGAUGAUACUUCAUCUCCUUUCCUAAACCCAUGGGAACAUUGCAAUCAUUCUGGGGAGCCAUAGUUUAAAAACAAACUGAGGCAUAACAAAGAUGGUGAAGGAGUUUAAAAUUUAAGACAUCUGAAGAAUAUUUGAAGGAUUUAGGGAAAUAUAGCUUGGGAAAGAGAGAGGAACACAGUACAUUAGAGCAAGACUCUGUUGUUCAAAGGGGUGGAACGAGGCCCACUGAAUAGAGGUCAUAGGGCCACAGAUUUGAACUUCACGUAAGGGAGAACUUUCUCAAAAAGUUGGUUCACCAUGGAAGGGGCUGCCUCUGUCAAGCAAAGGCUAGAUAAGAACUUGGCAAAGAUGAUGUGGAGAAGAUCCCAGCAUUUGUUGAGGUGGCCCAGAUGACCUAUUAAAAUUCUAUGUUGUAGUACUUUGCUUCUCGUAACACGUUCAGUUAAAUAUCUGCUGACCCACAGCUUUUUUUUUUUUUUUUUUUUUAAGGCUUUGUGCUUCUGCCCAAAGUGCAUCCUACUCUCCAGGAAGGAGGGUGGUUACAUGUCAUUAGGUUGAGACUGGCUUGCUGUUAUGCCCUAGGCUGGGAUUGCUUUCCAAGUCCAUUCAUUGAUAUCCUGUUGAAAUCACAAACUGAUUCUUGAGUUAAAGAUUAAAAAGGUAUUGUUUUAGUAGAAGUUGAAAUCUACAUGAAAUCAUGGAAAUUAUGUAUUUGUCACUUGCCAAACAUAGGCCAAGCUCAGUGUUAGUGAGUAGUUGGUAUUUCUUCAGGAUUUCAGGAUAGGCCUCUUUAGCAGAGUGGAAUCAUCAGUUAAAAUCCCGUAAAUUACCAAUGUAAAGUUUUGCAGCUCCUGUCACAGAUGGGCUGAUGGUCACUGGCAAAAAGCAGGCCCCAAAAUCUAUUUUGGAAAAGUCUCAAAUGACAUUUGGUUAGUCGAUUUGAUUCUCUUGAAAAAGCAUGAUCUGAAAAUAAUUUUAAAAGAACGGAGGCCAAAUUGCUCUAUGUAGAAAGUAACAAAAUAUAGGUCUUUGAUUUGAAAAUCAGAGAUAACUAUAAGCAACACUUGCUAAUAAAGCCCAUUACCCAAGUGAUUCCUCCACCUGCAAGGUAACUUGCAACCUUGGAAGGCUGGUAGAUGGCUCUUCAUUGGUCUUUCUAAAAAAGUCAUUGGUCUUGCAUCAGUAUGGUGAGAAACACUUCAGUUUGGGUGAGAAUUUCUUUGACUCCUUUGGAUAAGAAGUCAGAGCACAAAAGCUACCCUCUUCUUUAACUGACUUUGUGACAUGCAAGAGUCAAAAUUUUACUUUCCCACUGAGUUAAAGCAGAAUUUUCAGAGGUAUUGUGUUCUAGUUCCCUUGGCGGGUUGUGACUUUGACACUUCCGGGAGUGAUGUAGGGAGGUAUUUAGAAGGGGGGAACACUAGGCUAGGUGUUAGGGGUCCUAAUAUUCCCAUGAAUUAGCUAUAACAUUAUGCAAAGCACAAUCUCUUGCAGUUUCCUCCUCCACAAGAUAGACUAAUAGUAAUAAUACCUGUCAGAAUUAUUGUAAAAAUUAGAUAAAUUGAAAAUGCUUGGUAAACAGUAAACACUCAAAUAUUAGUUUUCUCCUUGAUUAAGAGCAGACUUUGGAUGGUCUGAUACAACUAUAGAUCCUUAGAACAAAACAAGGAAUCCUCCUGACUUAAAAAAAAAAACUCCAUUUCUGAAAGGGCCUUAAAAGAAAAUCACUCAUUUGGUCCAUUCUUCUGCCUUAGGGCAUAACUGUUACCCAAGAGACUCCACUUCUUUACCUACUUCAAGAAAGGUAUUCUCUCUCUCUACCCAGUGGGCAAUUCCAGGGUCGUAAACUCAUUAUCAGGAAACUUAACCUUAUUACCGAGAUACCUCACAGUGCAAUUUGAACCUCUCUCUUCUUGAUCCCAUUCUCCAUUAGAAGAUAAAUGCGUUCAUCCUGUUUUCUUUUUAAAGGGCCAUGUUUGCCAUUUAUUAUAGCCUUUCUGCCUCAAUUUUUUUUUAAUUGACAGAAAAAUCUCAUUAAGGUGAUAAUUAUUAUUCCCUUGGGGAAUGUCAGGAUAGGUAUUUAUAAAUUCUUAGCUUCUUAUUGAUAUCAGAUUUAGAUCACAAUCUUACUGUUGAUUAACUCUUCAGUUAUCCAUGUAUUUUCUUCUUUAGUUAACAUAUAAUUGAUAACCAAGUAUGCUUCUGAAGAAUUAUUCUGGUUAUGUGGCUCUUGUUUUCUCCUCUUGGUAAAAAUGGAGUCAUGAAUCCCAGUUUUGUCAACUGCUUUUAGGAUGUAAUUUCAUACAUGACAUUAUUUGAUGGACGUAAUUACCAACACCUAAAUUUAGCAGGGUUUCUUUCCCUUUCUACAUGUGCACUAAGUUCUGAAAUAAAAAUUGGAAUACCAAAUGCCUAAUAAAGCAAAAAUUCCUGCACAGAAUAUCAAAAGAUACGAAUCCGGUCUGCUAGGAUAAUUUGUCACUAGUUGGUUGAAUGGUACAGAGCUUUUAUUUAAGGUUACACAGUCAUGCCUGGAUUAAAUAACAACAGCAAAACUUGAUAAGCCCUCUGAAAAACAGCUGCUAAACAUACUGCUUUCUGGAAAGUAAUCAUUAAGAAUAUAUAUUCUCUUGUCCUAUACAGUUGCAGAAUGUUAGUAGAACUUUCUUGUAGGCUCCCUGACAAUGAAUGUCAAUUGAUUUAUUAAAAAAAUUUUUUGUGUGUGAACCCUUUUAUCCCUUUAAGGUAUGUUGGGGCUUUCAUGUUCCUGUUGUAGAAAAUUUCAAAUGACUGGAAUGCUGACUCCUAAUUUCUGCUCACUGAAGUGUCCUCUAGACAUACCAGAAGGUUGGGGCUUCUUUGUUGAUAUGUAAGGGAGCUACUUAAAUACACUUACAUAAAUGUAAGUGUGUGAGUAAAAUUGCUAUUUUCAGCAAAAAAAAAAAAAAACAAAAACCUUUGCUUAAAAUU